AUGCCGAAUCCGCUCCUGUUCGUCGGCAAGGGCGCGGCGCUGACGGCGGCGGCCCGAGCGGCUGACAAGGCGAACGAAGGCGGCGGAGCAUUCCAGCGGCUGGGCGAGGGCCGCGGCGCGGCAAUCCGGCUCGCGUGGCCGGCGGAGGCGCUGCACACCAGGGAGAGGCGCGCGGCGGGCGAGCUGCGCGCCGUGCAGCACCAGGAACGUGCGGAGGCGCCCAGAGAGGCGGAGCGGGCGGCGGCAGAGGAGCGGACGGCGGAGCAGGCGGCGCUGCUGGCGCCGCUCGCGGCGACGGACACCACGGCGCGCCUGGCGAAGCGGAGGCGGAGCGCCCUCGUGGAGUUGAUCUUCCACGACGACUUCCAGACGGAGAUGGAGCGGCUUGACGAAGACGGCGGCGAUGCGGACAUGCGCUCCAACUUUGCGAACGGGAUGCGGGACGGGUAUCCGUGCCAGCAGCUCACCCUCGUGUUUCUGCAGUACUUGCUGACGAGCCGCAUCCGACAGUCGCACUCGUCGCGGCGGCAGGGGUGUGAGCUCGUCGGGCGGGGGGCGAAGACGGUGGGGGUGCAGUUCAACAUCAUGCGGAGCCACGCGGCGGCCAGCGCGUUGCAGGUGGCGGUGGGCGCGAACGCGACCACCGCGGCGGCGGCUGGCGACGCGGCGAGCCAGGCCGUGCAGCUGGCCAUGAGGGCGGCGACUGCGCCGAGCUUGACGCGACAGCACUUGGGCCAGACCGGCCAGUACAUCUUGCAGGACGCCCUGCUCAGCGAGUGGGUCGAGGUGAACGAGGCGUUCGUGCUCAACGCGUACGUCACCCUGGCGCGGCAGACCGGGUGUCGGCCCGGGAUGGUGGUCAACGUGGGCCACGACUCGGUCGAUCAGAACGGCGCGUGGGCCCACUGCGCGCCGCUCGUCUGGCAGGACCUGCUGGUCGGCAAGCUCGAGGAAGGGUUGGAGCUGCCGCACGGCGGCGGCCUCGCGUGGUUCUACUUCGAGCUCAUCUAUCAGCGGGCGAAGGGGCAGUAUUUCUCGAACGUGCAGUACGGAACGUGCGUCACGCCCGACUCGGAUGAGAUGAUACGCCUUGGGACGGUGACGCUGCAGCGCCUGAUGGUGCGGACGGCGGCGGCCAAGGCCGUGUACGCGAACCUGACUCACGCGGAGGUGGCCUACCCAACCUAA